UCUCAAAACUGUCAAAAGGCUUUUGUUUUGUUUAGAAACCUCUAGAAAAACACGGAAUUUUACCUAUUUUCCAGUCAAAUUCUCAAAUAUUUCUUACAGCGAUUAGAAGGAUUGAGUGGUGAGCUAUCGAUUAGUGUUAAAAAAUUAAUUGGAAGUGCUCAGUGGGAGCAGAGAAAGCGAAAACAGUGUUCAGUAAACAAUCAUGGCGUCAACUACGGCAGAGUUGGCGGAUUUGAUAAAACGCAAAACAGAAAUCUCCGAUACUCUGGCCAAUCUCGAGAGGCAGAUCUAUGCCUUCGAGGGAUCCUAUCUGGAGGACACGCAGCUCUAUGGGAACAUCAUAAGGGGAUGGGAUAGGUAUCUAACGACAAAUAAAGCGACAAAUUCAAAGGCUGACAAGAGAAAUCGCAAAUUCAAGGAAGCUGAACGUCUCUUCUCAAAGUCUUCCAUCACUUCCAUGGCUGCUGUCAGCGGGCUCGUGGAUCCAAAUGAUCGGCACAGUGAGUCGGAAUCUGUGACAAACAACGAGGAUUCGAGUGACAAUCAGAUUUCCGGAGUCAAUAAUCAUCACAAUACCACAACUGCUCAUGAUGGUCUGGCCAACAGCGGCAAGAGUCAAGGUCUAAGUGACUCCUUCAGCAAUUCCCAGUCAGAACGACCACAUACCCCAACCACUUCAACAUCGAAGGACAGCACCGGAGUCAAGCAUAAGUUGUCCAGUGGCAUGUCCAAUAAGAAGAGCAACUCCAACAAGAAAGCCCGUCACCGAUAAACUCACAAAAAAUGUAAUUUAUUUGCGAAAAAAAUCAUAAUUGAAAAAUUUUUGAGCGGCAAAG